GCUCGGGGUGGGGGCGUGCUAUAAAUGCUCCGCAUGAGGUAUCAGAGAUAUUUUAAAGUUAGUGAAAAAACUGAAAAGUUUUUUUGGUGUCCAUUAAGAUGGACACUAAGCUGUGUCUGUUUCUAUUCCUUGGCGCAUGCGUUUUUGCUGAAGCAAUCGCUGAGGUUAUAGAUGAAGACAACAGAGAUAAACAACCAUCCAUAUGCCCAUUGGCUGCAAGGUUCAAAAACUUAAGAAAAUAUGUUUAUCAGUAUACUGCAGAGAGCAAAAAUGGGGUAGCGGGUACAGCUAACCUCAGGAAUGGGCCAAAGAUCACCUGUAAGGUUGAACUGGAAGUCCCACAGACGUGUAGCUUCGUCCUUCACACCACAGAAUGUGCCCUGAGUGAGGUCUCUGUCAUUGAUGCACAGGGUCAACCUGUUUACAGGCAGGCUGCUGGAGCUGAGGCUUUCCAGGUUGCCAUGGAAAAGAACCCUCUGAGUUUUGUGGUAGAGCAGGUAACCAAGGUCUCCAUUUAUCCAAAGAACGAUGAACCAGAAAACAUUUUGAACAUCAAAAAAGGGAUAAUCUCCGCUCUUCUCGUGCCAGUCCCAGAGGAACAGCACAAUGGAAAAAUGACUACAAUCCAUGGUAUAUGCAAGACUGAUCUGACAGUCAACGCAAGAAAAGACAUCGACACGGACAUCACGGUGGUUAGAGACCUGUCAGCCUGCAGCCAUUUCUCACCUCACAGUCUCCCAACCAGCCCCCUUUCCCUCUUACCUGGCCUGAAUGGGCUUAUUUCCAAGCUUAUCAGGAGCACUCAGACAUGCAACUAUCAGUUUGACAACAGGAGAAGUCACAUGACUGAGGCGGAGUGUACAGAGAAGCAUCUCUUUAUCCCUUUCUCUCACAAGGGGCAGUAUGGUAUCUCCUCAGAAGUGAAACAGACUCUCUCUCUGCAAGAUUCAGUAAAAAUCAACAACAGAUACUUCAACAAAGAUGACACUCUUCAGAGAAAGCUCUUUUUGGAGGAAGUGGAGGACAAGCUUCCCAUCCAAUCAAAAGACGACAUGCUUGCCACAAUGAACGAGUUAAAUUCGCUGUCCAGCUCAGGAAAGAGUCAACAGAGGGCCAGCCUCUUCCAUAAGCUGGUGUCUGAAGUCCGCGGCUUAAAAAACGAGACGCUGUCUGGAGCGGCCGAUGAGAUGAUGAAGGUCUCACAGUGGCUCACGUGGCAGAUGCUCUUUCAGUGUGGAACCGACGAAUGCACCAGUGCCAUCUUGCAGAUCCUCAGAACUUUUGACGAAACCGCCUUAGAGGUGGAUGCCAUGGUCUACGCUUUGGGACUGCUACCGCAGGCAAGCCCUCAGCGGGUGAGAGAUAUGUUGAGCAUGGCGCAGAACAAACCAAGCAAGGCCAUCAUGUAUGCUCUUGCCAACACAGUGAAACAACUUCCUCAAGACCAAGCAACAUCAACACCUGUGGUAAAAGAGGUAGCUGAGUUCAUGGAGUUCAUGUUAGGUGAUUGCUCAGGAGAUGAAGAUAGUACUUUUCUCACCUUAAGGGUUAUUGGUGUCAUGGGCAAGUACAUGGAGGGAUUUCCAUCUCUAAAGACCUCUCUUCUGAAAUGCAUAAGCAAGACUUACGCCCCACUUCCAGUACAAAAAGCAGCUAUCCAAGCUUUCAGACUCAUGGAACUGGACUCAGAUGUGAGACGUGUCCUGAUUCAACAAUAUGAGAAUCAAGGGGCACCUGUCCAAAAACGCAUUGCUGCGUAUCUCAUGCUAAUGAGAAACCCUGAUGUAGCAAACAGAGUUCUGAGGACGCUUAAGACUGAGCCAAAUGAGCAAGUUAAGAGCUUUGUUUCCUCCCAUAUCACCAACAUACUGGAAUCAGAAGAUCCAAAUUUAAGCACAGCCAAAGACUACAUCCUUAAAGCCUUGAAGGGGGACGCAAACUUUAAUCCUUUGGACUUCACAAAGUUCUCACGGAAUUACAAAAUCGAUCUUGCUAGAGCUGGCUCGAUAGAAAGCAACAUGAUUUUCGACUCUGCAAAUUACCUGCCCAGAGAAGUCAUGUUAGCCACCACCCUUGACAGCUUCAAUACGGAAAUAUUCGAGAUUGGUCUUGAGGGCGAAGGCUUCGAGCCGGCCAUUGAUGCUCUCUUUGGUGACAAUGGUUUCUUUCCUGAUACAAUCUCAAAAGCAAUGUACUGGGUCAACGAAAAGAUUUCACAUCCAGUCAAUCAGGUUUUGGAUAAAUGGGUUUCACCCCUAAGAGGACAAAGAAUGAAAAGACAGGUUCCUCAGAAUAUCAUGAAGGAUAUUGAAGAAUACUUUUCUGAGUUUAAAAAAAGCCUUGAAGAGAUUGAAAAUGCACCUUCAGCCAUGGCCUACCUUCGGUUUAUGGGAAAAGAAUUGGGAUACUUAAAAACCAAUGAGCUUAGUCGCUUCGUUCAAAAUAUUAACUUGUACGAGGAAACAUUCAAGUCGGUACUUAUGAAUUUAAUGAAAAAGUUGACAUCCAGCACAGACAAUGAAAUUUUUGUCCACUACAUGUUCUUGGACAAAGCAUUCACGCUACCCACAAGUGCUGGAUUUCCAUUAAAGUUUUCUCUGGCUGGCGUUCUGGCUCCUGGAGCCAAAGGAGGUCUGACCAUUGAUCGAAAGAUGCAUGGGCUGUCAUUCAUGCCAUCUGUGGGGGUGGAGUUCAUCACCCAAAUGGGCGUUUAUAUCCCAGAGUUUGUACUAGCGGGUAUUGAGACACACACAAGCAUGUACCACGAAAGUGCUUUGAAUGCCAAGGUCACCAUGAGUGACAGUCAGAUCAAGCUUUCCAUCCCUGCACCAGAGGGAAACAUCCAGCUCUUCAGCGUCAGCAACAAGUUGCUCUCAGUGACGUCCACUCAGACUAAGAUUGUCCCGUCUAUGGUGGAGGACAGGACUGACUCUACAGAGUGUAAUCCUCUCUUCCCUGGGUUGAACUUUUGCACCAUUUUGCGCUAUUCAAACGCCAGUUCCAAUAAUAAUGCCCCAUACUAUCCUCUCACAGGAGAAACAAGACUUGCAUUUGAACUUCAACCUACGGGAGACGUAACUGAGUAUACAGCGACCGUUUCCUAUGAAUUGUUGAGGGAGGGCAAAGAGGGCCGACAUAAAGUUGACUCUGUGAAAAUCGUUUUAAGGGCUGAAGGUGAUGAGCCGACUGAAGCCACAGCAGUUGUGAAAUACAACCGCAAUAAGAAUACCGUCAACACUGAGCUUCAAAUCCCAGAUUUUGACAUUGAAGCAGGCAUGAAGUUUGCGGUUACAGAUAGCGCUGGGAAAGGAAAAAAGAUGCAUGGCAUUUCAAUCGAUGUAACUAACCGAAACAUCCCACAACUUUCAAUAGUUGGACAUGCCAGGCUGGAGUCUAUGAAGGAUGGUUUGCUUGAGAUUCACAUGACAGUACCUGCACUUCAGAUGGACACCUCUGCUACAGCAACCAUAAAAAACACCAACGGUCUCGUCCUACAGCUUGAAACAGCUUUUAACAUGCCAGAGAUCACUUCUGUGCAGAAAGCUAUUCUCAGAUAUGAUGAUAACAAGGUUGAACUUGAGAUGAAAUCAGAUAUAAACUCUGAAGUUGAGAAACUAUUCCCGAAUUUGGAGGAUUAUCGUAGGCAGCUGCAGGCGAGUAUUGAUGAUGUGCUUGACCGGAAAGUCACCAAAACUGAUAUGAAGCUUCGUCACAUUGUUUCAAAAGCGAUAGAGGCAGUACAUAUUUGGCUGGAUAAAUUAUCAUCGGGUAGUUCAUUCGUGGAUAUUAAGAGGAACAGGAGAAGCACUCCAGAACUCACCCUGCCAUCUUUACCUGAAAAAUUAUACUUGACAUUCGAUACGUUGAUGAGAUACCAAUUCAACAAAGGCAGAAUCUCCAUUUCAUUUCCUCUUCUCCUGGGAGGAAAGUCCUCUGCUGAACUCAACAUCCCUACUACCAUCACACUCCCACGGAUUCGGAUUCCCCACAUUGGACUGGAGAUUCCUCCGAAAAAUUAUGAGAUUCCACCAUUCACAAUUCCCCGCAGUUUGGACUUCACCUUACCUAAGAUAGGGUUAGCAGAAGUGUCUGCUAAGAUGAGUAGCAACAUUUAUGAAUGGGAGGGCUCCAUCAGUGGUGGCAACAACACUCUUGACGUUCCUAGUUACAUUGCUGCUUACAAAAUGAUGGCCAGCUGUCCUGUGAAAUGCCUCUCGUACAGCAUUGAAGGUAUGGGCAUGAUCACUGGUACUGUCGACGAUACUAUAAAGUACCUUGUAAAUGGCUCCAUCAGUCAUUGUUUGCUUACUGCCAGCAUGAGUGUCUUUGAAACUAUGAGCAUGGCUGAUAAGAUCAGUGGUAGAACCAGCUACAGAAUCGAAGCAUCUAGCCCACUUGGUCUGAAAACCUCGCUCUUUUAUUCAGCUCAGUCAUCUACCACAAGUGAUGAAGUGAUUGGAGAUGGGAAUCUUGAUGGGUUCAUCAAGAUAGGAUGUCUCUAUGCCAACACCACACUUAGCCAAUCCUAUACCUACAAUAUACCUAAAAGAGAAGGGAAGGGAGAGUCUAAUAUGAAGUUUGAUUCCUCAAUUUUCCAGGGUCAGAAUAUAUUCAAGGGAUCGUAUGUCAAUGGAGAGCUCUUACUUUUGUCUAAAACAAACUUGCAAAAUGAUGUCCUGAAGCAUUUGGUGGAAUUGAAGCACAAGAACGGCCAGCUCUCCGUGAAGUCAGAUGGAAGUGUAAUGGCUCUUGGGAAAGUUCUCCGCUGUAAAGGUGAACUUGGUGUCACCAAAAGUGAAAAAACAGCCAGUCUGAAUGUUGAAUGCCAGGCAGAUCGUGCGUACUCGCUACUUACUGGAUCCCUAAAUGGUGACGGCCUUAAAAUGAACAUUGAGGGUUCGCUUAAUUUUGAAAAUGCCCGUGGUGCACACAAAGGUACACUUACUUUUGGAAAAAAUGGCCUGACUACCAGUUGCACAACAACAGUUCAUGGAGGCUCUUUGACUUUUGAGAAUAUCUUCAGUGGUGGUGCUGACUGCAGAGGAGCAUCUAUGUCUCUUGUAUCAAAGGGAUCAGCCAAAGAUAACACAUUUGAGGUCAGUACGGAGGGCAAGAUUUCACCCAAAGAGGUCUAUCUGACCAGUGUUUUCAAAGGGAAGGCCUUUGAUGGAACUGCAAGAAAUGCAUUAAACCUUGGUAUUAAUAGGCAAGGCCUUAGUCUUUCAAACACCAUGUUGGGUACUUUUCAGAAGAUGAGAUCUGAGUGUACCAAUACCCUUAAUAUAACUUUAUGGACCUUGGCUUUUCGCUCCAAAGCUAAGAAAUUCAUCUGUAAUGGAGGGUCCUACAACCACGACAUUAAAAUUAAUUUGAGACCUUUUGUCACUUCAAUAAGUGCAAAUAAUGACCUUGAGAUGUUUGAUGUUGGAUUACGUAGUGCUGGCCAACUUAGGAUGGAGCCGUUUAAGAUAGACGCAAGUGGAAGCCUCAAUGGAAAGUACAGGGAAGAGGAUAAGUUGAAGCACAGCUGUGAAUUGACUUAUGCAGAUCUGGCUGGCACUAUCAAAUGUGCUACAACUGCAAAAGUUUGUGAGUCGCAGAUCAGUAACAACUUUGACUUGGAUUUUGCUGGAUUGUCCUCAUUUAUGAACAUCAAGACACAAGUCAACUCUGAGCCUUUACGUCUUGAAAAUACCCUUCGCACAAUGGCCUUGCCAUUUAGCCUCACAAUUGAUUCCAUUUUGAACAGCGAUGGCUCAGUGAAGUUUCAUGGCAAGCACACUGGUCAACUUUAUAGUAAGUUUCUCUUAAAGGCUGAGCCUUUAGCUAUUGCCAAGUCCCAUGACUGGAGAGCUUCCACUGUACAUGUGUUGCCAAAUGGGGAGUCAACCGAAACGCAUAUUGAAAACAAGUGCGAAUGCUUGCUAAUACCCAAUGAACAAUCUGUGGCAUGGAAGUUCAAAUCUAAACUAAAUAACCAUGCAUACAACCAAGACGUCAGUAUUUACAACAAAGAAAGUGAAAUGGGGGUCCAGCUGUCUGGAGUACUUCAGACAAAUCUUUUUAAUACAGAACCAAAAUCUAGUUAUAUCCCAUUGGACAAUCAAAAGUUUAGUGCAUCUGGGUUUAUCAAAUAUGAUAAGAACAAUGACUGUCACAUAAUUUACUUUCCAUUCUUUGAGAACCUUCCUGUUGCCUUUGACAUUAUGAAAAACGCUAUUCUUUAUCAGUUCGAGUCCCUUCAAAACUAUUUCAACAGUCUUGAUAUCAAUGGUUUGAUUGGUCAGUUUAGGGCGAAUUUAGAUAAGAUUCCUCAAAUAGUAAAUGACAUCAUUGUGGACAUGGACCUAGAGAACAAAGUAAACAGUGUCAAGAACAAGCUGAUUUCCCUGAUACAUGACUAUACUAUAACGAUAGAGGAUCUUGAAGCAUAUGCUGAGAAAUUUAAGGAGGAUUUUGGAAACAAAAUUAUUGAUUUAGCAACCAAAAUAAGGGAUCUUAUGAUUCAAAUCAAAGAUGGCAUUGAGAGUGGAUCAUGGGCAAACUCUGUCUCAAACUUUUUGACAAAGAUUGGAGAUGAUCUUAAAGCUAUUGAUGACAACUAUGAAAUAACCAAAACAAUCAUCAGAUUCAUUGAUGCUAUUGAAGAUAUAAUUGGACAGAUCGAUUUACAAAAGCUGGAGGACAGUGCUGCUUGGUUAAAACAACUGGAAGCAAAAUUUAUGAUUAGAACCAAACUUCUGGAGAUACUAGUGGAACUGAGGAAUCGUUUUGAGUCAUUUGACAUCAAGAUGUUUCUUCAGGACUUGAAAGACUAUAUAAUCUCAAUUGAUUUGACUCAAUAUGUGCAACAGCUGUCUGAUCAAAUCCCAUAUGAAGACAUUGAGAAAGUGCUAGAUUCUAUGAAAGAUGUGAUUGUGAAUUGGAUAGAUGAAUACGAAAUUCCAGAAAAAAUCAACAGCAUCUACUUAAAUGCACAGGAGCUGUUUUUAAGGUAUGAAAUUGACAAGAAAAUUGAAGUUGUCGUGGACCAGGCAAUUGUAUUAGUCAAACAGUACAAAGUCAAAGAGCUGGUACAGGCUGUGGUAGACACUUUAAAAUCAAUCCCAUUUGAGUAUAUCUCAGACAAGGUUGGGUAUCUCUUGGAUAACAUUGUCGGUCUGUUAAAGUAUAUGGAUUUCAAGGAGAUUAUUGAUUACAUAAAUGAUUACAUUCUCUGGAUUGUAAAGACCAUGAGAACGUUUGAUUACAACAGCUUUGUUGAUAAAGUAAAUGUAUGGAACAAUAAAAUGAUAAGUUAUAUUAACAAGCAGAUAAAUGAAGUUUAUGAAAUCCCACAAAAAAUAGAGGCUUCCAGGGAGUUUCUAAAAGAGAUGCAAGCAACUGUUGUUGAUUACUUGGAGAAACUUAAAAAUACUAGGAUAGCUGAGGUUUGCAGAAACAUUUUGGAUGUUAUCGACACUACUGCAUACAAAGACAUAAAACUGAAAGUCCAGGACAUUCUUGAGGAUGUGAGAGAGAGAAUCAGUGACAUGGAUAUAGAAGACGAAAUCUCGGUUUACCUGGAAAGGGCAAGUGGUUUGUACGUCAAUGUAAUUGAAUACAUCUUAUUACAGUUCACAAAUUUAAUUGAGGAAAUUAAAAACAUGAAUGAAGAUAAGGAAUUCUUUAACCAAAUUAACCAAGCUGUGAAGGGAGUUCUUGAUGCACUGAAGACCGCAGAAUUGGAAAUACCAUCUUUUACUCUUCCAUUCACGACUCUUGAGGUUCCUGCCUUUAAGAUCAAAAUGGCAAGGAUACAAGACAUUACGAUUCCAUCCGUGAUAACAAUACCAGCAUUUACAGUUCUGGAUUUAUUUAGUAUUCCUUCCAUUACAGUUGACUUUGAGAAAAUCAAGCAGAACAUUGUCGACUUAGUUGACAAAAUUCGCCAGAUAGACAUUCCAGAAGUUGAUCCUGAUGCCAUCUUCGGGGACUUACGAGCUCUUUAUCUUUCUGACUUACCCGACUUCACAUUUUCAGACAUUACUCUUAAAGAGAUUAAAAUCCCAGAUAUUAUUGUGCCAAAACUUAAUCUAGAGAGUUUUGAGAUCACGAUGUUGCCCAUCCCUGAGGUCAAGCUCCCUCAAAUUUCACUCGAACCAUGUUUACCAGCUUUUGGCAAGCUUUACGGAGAACUCAAAUUAGAUUCUCCACACUAUACAUUGAUGACUUCGGCGGCUCUUGAGAAUAAAACAAAAACACUUAAAUAUCCACAGCUUAAAGCUACCUUAAACUCAGAGGGAAAGUCAAGCUUUGAAUACCUCAAUUAUGUUUUGGAUGCAAUGGUUCAAAUUGAAGCUCCAAAAAUGAAGAAAAUGGUUAUUAGUGAGACAGUGAAACUCAGUCACAUGGCAUUUAAUAUCGACCAUGAAGGUUCUGUCAUUUUUAGUGGUUCUUCAGCAGAAGCCACAGCCAAGACAUCUGCCAAAGCCACCACUCCUAUAUACACAGCUGAGUUGAUUAAUAAUAUAGGUAUUGCUCUAAAGAAUGGAAUAACUGGAAAUAUGGACACAACCUAUAAUCAUAAUCUGAACAUCCCCAACAUAGAUUUCUCAAGUCAGGCUACAAUAACCAAAAAGGAAGAGUUUCGCAUUGAAUCGGGAACCAUUUUGUGGACUUGUGGAACAGUGGGAAGUGGAAAGUGGAGUUUAUCAAGUCCCUCACGGAUCACUAGGUCAAUCGAUGACUUUUCGGAUGAAAUUACACACAAGAGUAAUCUGGAGUUCAUUAUCAGCCUUGGCACUGCAAAGCUUACUUUUAAUGGAGAUACAAACAGCAGAACACUCAAAUUGAAGCAGUUAGUUAAUGCAGAGUCUGUCAUCCUGAGUCACAUCACUGUUGAUGCCACGUCCGAGAUAGAGUCGCCCUUUAUCAAGAGCAGCGUUUUGACACUGAAAGGAAAAGCUCGAUUGGAGGAUCUCCGAACAGAAAUAAAAAUUUCGCAUAAUGCCGAGCUCACCGGAAAAGUGAGUGGGAGCAUAUCCAACUCUUGUGAGUUCUUGGCUCAGCCAUUUGAAGCAACAUUUGACUGCAAAAAUAAAGCGAACUCCAAAGUUCAUUUGCCACUAAAACUAACCGGAAAGAUUGAUCUCCAAGAUGACUUUGGGUUUAUUUUAAACUCUGAUAGACAACAUGCUUUUUGGUUCAGUCUGGCUCGCUUUAACCAGUACAAGUACAAACACAACAUCACUGUAGAUAACAGCAACAACGAAGCUGGUAUUUAUGUUUUAAUGGGUGGUGAAGCCAAUCUUGACUUCUUGACUGUUCCACUCAGUGUUCCUGAGAUGACAGUACCAUUCUUGGAUGUAAAAACACCUCAAAUCAAAGACCUUUCACUUUGGGAAGAUUAUGGCCUGAAAGAUCUUCUGACUACUCCUCAACAAUCAAUUGACAUUGAUUUCAAGCUCUUGUUUCAGAAAAACCCUGAAAAGCACACAUUUUAUCUACACCUUGAACCUAUUUAUGAAGCCAUUGUUAAAAAUGCCGAGUUCCUGAGACUACAGUUUGAACAAGGAAGAGACCACAUUUUUAUUGCCCUCACAGAUUCCUACAACAGUGCCAGACUCAAGUUUAGAAAGCACAAAAUUGACACAUCAAACCAACCACCAAUAUAUUUCAGAGUUCCUGGAUAUACCAUACCCCUACUCAACAUUAAGGUUUCAGCCUUCAGAGCCGAAUUGCCCGUAUUCAGUUAUUUCAUACCUAAAGAAGUCAGCACACCAAGUUUUAAAGUUCCUCUGAUAGGUUUCUCCAUGCCAUCAUACACUCUCGUGCUUCCAUCUUUGGAGCUGCCAGUGUUGAAUGUACCUGACACACUUUUUGAAUUGACCCUACCCACACUGACAUUACCGCUCAAUAAAAAUAACAUCAAGAUACCAGCAUUUGGAAAUAUAACAUAUGAUUUCACAAUCAAAUCUCCAGUAAUAACUUUCAGUGCCAAUGGUGGCCUGUACAGUCAACCUGAUAUUGUGGCCAAGUUUGAUGUCUUGUCAACAUCUGUAUUUAAUGUCCUAAACCUCAAACUUGAUGGCAGUACCACCAUCAUUACAAAAAGAUGUCUGAAGAUGGCCACAGCACUGUCCUUGGAACAUACGAAUGCAAAAUGUAGUCAUGAAAGUACAGUCAGCUUCAUGAAGAAUAUAGAGGCUUCCUUAACAAACCUGGCUACAGUUAACCUUCCAGUUGUUACAAUGGAUCUGAAUCAAGUGCUCCAUGGGAAUAUUAAGUCUAAACCAAAUUUGGUCUCUAAAAUCAAACUUAGCUACACUUACGAGUUACCCCUAAUUGAGUUACAAGGCACUGGAAAAAUAGACCACAGUGUUGCUCUUGAAGCAUUGUCUUCCUAUUUGUCUUUGGAGAGUGCUUGGAAAAGUUCAACAGAUGCAAAAGUAAUGGAGAUUGUACAUUUUGCUGGAUCUUUGGACAAUGAAGCAAUGUUUUAUCUGAAUGCCAAUGGUCUUCGUACGACAUCGAAAACCGAUAUAACCUCUAAGGUUGACCAUCAAGAGACAAUUGUCUGGAAUGCAGAUGUUACUCAGAACAUUGCUCUUGAGAGUUCACUGCGUCGUGUUUAUGUCACGUUGCUUCAUACAAGUAGUAAUGGAGCUAAUCUUGGAUCUUUUUCAACCACAGGAAAGCAAAUUGUAAGGGCAACAUUUGAAUUUGUUCCACUGACCACAUUGUCAGCUAAUCUUGAUAUUGACAUAUCACAGCCAAGUAACCUUGGCCAUGCAGGCAUAAUGCAUAAUGCUGAUCUUUCCAUCACUUCAGACAAACAAAAAUUACAUUGGAGUGGCAAAGAACAAUUGGCAACCUUAAUCCAUUCUUGGGAUCUAACACUGUCAAAUGAUCAAUCUGAAAUACGCAUGGAAAUCUCAAAAUCCCUCGAGGGACAUAUUGCUUUCUUAAAAUCCAUUAAAUUGCCGGUCUACCAAAAGAAUCUAUGGGACAUUUUGAAAUUUGGAGAGGUCACCAGCAUUGACCAAUUACAGUUCCUCAACACCUCAACUGCACUGGUAUACACCAAGAGCAUGGAUGGAACACUGUUUGCUCUACCUGCAGAAGUUUUUAGCGACAGUGCAACUUUUAAUUUUCCACAAAUGACACUCAGCGUUCCGGACUGGCUUAAAGGGAUUCCACAAAUUAUAAGAGAGGUGGAUAUGCGGUUUGAAGAAGCUGAUCUGCCUGACGUUAUCUCUAUUCCACCAGUCAUAACUGUUCCCGAGUUUACUUUGCCUUUCACCACUCUCCAUAUACCUUCAUUUGUCAUUGAUCUGCAGGAUCUAAAAAUCCCUAAUGAGAUCACCACAACCGCCUUUGUUAUCACGCUGCCUGGUUUGCCGGAGGUGGAGGUCCCAAGCAUUAAUGCUAAAACUAAGUAUCUGAAAGAGAAAAUGGCUCACCUGUUUGUGAAUUUGCCACAGUAUGAAAUCAACAUUGGAGAGUAUACAAUAAAUUUGGAAGACAUCACAAACAUAUUAUGUUCUUAUGAAAUGCCAACCAUUACUAUCCCUGAACAAAAAAUUGAAGUCCCAGAAAUAUCACUUCACCUUCCAGCGGGUGUGUUCAUUCCAAGCUUCGGUGCCCUGUCAGCAACUGUGAAAGUUUCCUCCCCAAUUUAUAACAAUACAUGGACCGGAACGAUGGAAAACAAGGAGUCGGAAUUUGUUUGCACGUUGAAGUCCACUUGCAAAUCUACCAUGGUUUUCCUGGAGUAUGACUUGGAUGCAAUUGCCACCAUACUCUUUGAGAAUGGAGCUAUAGGCCUUGAUGCAAAGUCUACCUUCAGCCAUAGUGAUAUAAGUAUUAAAUGGAAGCAUGAUCUACGUCAGAAUCUAAGAAUGAAACGUGAUGCGUCCUCCAGUGCUUCGAGACAUACGCUGGAUAUUGAUGUUACAAGCCAGACCUUUGCUGAUGCAAGCUUUCGCUAUGCAUUACAAAAUAAUGGUAUAACAUCCUCAAUAUCCUCACCAGCAGCUGGCUUUAUCGGGUUCCAGUUUACAAAGAGGUCCCCGUCUCAGUUUUCUGGGAAACUGUUCAGCAGAUAUUUGUCAACUCCUGACAAGGACACAGACCUGAUGAGUUUCAAGGUGACCUUGAAAAACUCGGAAAGGCUAAACAUUCAGGUUGGCUAUAUGAACGGACUCUCGGACGUUCUUAAUGGACUCAAAGAAAGGCUGCCUUCCAUCACGGCAGCAUUUCACAAGUUUAUCAACAAGUAUCACGUUGACCACUUCGGCAUGGACCUGAACCGUGCUGCCGUAAAGCUGAAGAACGCGCUCUCCAAUGGUAUCGAAAGAGUUUUUCAGGAGAUCCCUCGCGUAUUUGAUAAUCUACAGAGCUCGGGCGAACAGCUCAGACAGCAGGGUAAAGAGAUGUUGAAGAUCUUGCCCCAGAUUGAUCUCCAGGACUUGAGCAGUAGGUUCUCCAGUAGCGUUAAUGAACACCUGCAGAACCUUGAGGCAAACGCACCAGUUCUCAUGGAUGCUAUCAUGACGUUCUUGAGUAACACCAAAUUUCAUCUGCCAGGCCUGGAGGAGAAGCUUACUGGGCAAGAAUUAUACAAUAGGAUGAAGAAGUCUAUUACAAAGGCAAUUAACAGAGCCACUACAAGGUUUACAAGUCUCAUGGAAACCAUUGCUGACUCACUUUCAGGUGUCAUGAAUAAAGUAGACUUUACUCUUCCUGGUACUACGAGAAUUAUUCGAGGCAAGGACGUUAUGAAGAACCUGAAGUCAGCAAUGAAAUCUGCACAGGAUUUUGUUAUGCAGUUGGUUAAACGAUGGGAAAAUUUCAAGUUGGAUAAAGCGAUACAAGACCUGUUAAACUCUCUGAAGCCUUACGCCCAGAAGGCAGAAGACUUCCUGAAGUCUCUGACUGAAAAACUGGACGAACUUUCCUCUCGCAUCGAUGCCAUCUACAAAGAGGCAGGGAACCUGCCAGUGAUGCAGACGAUUCGUGAAUGGAUGCGGGAUGCCAAGAAAGGUUUGUCUAAAGCGAAAGACUUCAGCAAAAGUAAAAUCCAGGAGCUGUAUAACGGAAUGAGUAUGGAGAACCUCAACUCGCAUCUCAGUAACCUUCUCAUGGCGUUCGAAUCUUACACCAGUAGUCUUUAUAAGAACUGCCUUGAAUUUAUAAAGUCUCUGUCAUCAUAUGCAGAACCAUACUUAAAGAUGUCCAACAAAAAGAUGGACGUAGAUGUUCCUCUUCCUUUCUAUUGGAAAUCUUUUGGGGAAUGGCCCAACAUGGCAUAAAUGCGUCUAAUCUGAAAAUGUUGCCUUUAUAUUGUCUAUUCUUGUAGUUCCUUUAGUUAUUGUGCUUCCAAAAGAAUGGUUUGUGUAUUUUGUAUGUCAUUUUCAGAAUUAAACUUGUUAAUUCAUGUAUAAUUGAAUGUUGAAAAGGAAAUAAAAUAAUGUUUCUUUGCAUUAAACUGUACAAUUAAAUACUCUGUAUAGCAGAAAUGCUCAGAUAACACUACACUGUAAAAUA